GCUGACAGUUGACAGGAAACGUCAAGCACUCAUUGUCCUUGACCAAUCAGCACCAAGGGGACGGAGGCCUUCUUCCUUUCCAUUUCCCACGUGACCCUCCUCGGCAGUUCCCAGGCGGUCAACGCGCAGAGCCGUAGAAAAUGGAUCAGAGGGUUGGGUUUUUCCUUCUUCUGGCGUUGGGCCUCCUCUGCCUCAGUUUAAGCCCUGUCACUCAAGCUAAUGACUUGCUUGAUGACGGUAUGGACGAUGACAUGGAUGUGGAGGAUGAGCUGGCUGGACCUGAGGACGAGGAUCUUGAUGGGGACCUUGAAGAUGAAGCUCCCUCUGCCCCCAAACCCCCCCCUCCACCAAAGGUGACCUACAAAGCUCCAGAGCCCGUGGGGGAACAUUUCUUUGCUGAGUCCUUUGACCGUGGCACCCUUGAUGGCUGGGUGCUGUCCAAUGCCAAGAAGGACAGUGCUGAUGAAGAGAUUGCCAAGUAUGAUGGUAAAUGGAUGGUUGAGGAGAUGAAGGACAGUAAAUUGCCUGGAGAUAAAGGUCUGGUCCUGAAGUCUAGAGCCAAACAUCACGCCAUCUCAGCACAGCUUCUACGACCUUUCAUCUUUGACACUAUGCCCUUAAUCAUUCAGUACGAGGUGAACUUCCAGUCAGGAAUCGACUGCGGUGGCGCCUAUAUCAAACUGCUGACGCAGACUCCUGAUCUUGACCUGGACCAAUUCGUGGACACAACUCCUUACACCAUUAUGUUUGGGCCUGACAAGUGUGGUGAAGAUUACAAACUGCACUUCAUCUUUAGACACAAGAACCCCAAAACUGGAGAGUUUGAAGAAAAACAUGCCAAAAAACCUGAUGCUGACCUGAGAUCAUACUACACUGACAAGAAGACUCACCUCUACACACUGGUGGUUAACCCUGAUAACAGCUUUGAGGUGCUCAUCGAUAACACUGUUGUGAACAGUGGCAACCUUCUGACGGACAUGACACCUUCUGUGAACCCACCUGCUGAGAUUGAAGACCCAAAUGAUCACAAACCUGAGGACUGGGAUGAGAGAGCUAAGAUCCAGGAUCCUGAUUCUGUCAAACCUGAAGAUUGGGAUGACGACGCCCCUGCACAAAUCCCAGAUGAAGAUGCAGUGACACCAGAAGGCUGGCUAGAUAAUGAGCCUGAGUACAUUGGUGACCCUGAUGCUAUCAAACCUGAAGAUUGGGAUGAAGAGAUGGAUGGUGAAUGGGAGGCUCCUCAAAUCCCUAACCCUGCCUGUGAGACAGCACCAGGCUGUGGCGUCUGGAAACGUCCCAUGAUCGAUAACCCUAAUUAUAAGGGCAAGUGGAAGCCACCCAUGAUUGACAACCCCAACUACCAGGGAGUCUGGAAACCACGGAAGAUUGCCAACCCUGCCUUCUUUGAAGACCUGCACCCCUUCAGAAUGACUCCAUUCAACGCUGUUGGACUUGAACUCUGGUCCAUGUCCUCUGACAUCUUCUUCGACAAUUUCUUUAUCACCAAUGAUCGUAACACUGCAGACCGCUGGGCAAAUGAUGGCUGGGGCCUAAAGAGGGCAGCAGAGAGUGCAGCUGAGCCUGGUCUGGCCACUCAGAUGCUGAAUGCUGCAGAGGAGCGUCCCUGGCUCUGGGUUGUCUACGUCCUUACCGUGGCUUUGCCACUGAUCCUCAUCAUUGUCUUCUGCUGCACUGGAAAGAAGAAGAGCCCGGCAACUCCAGCUGAGUACAAAAAGACUGAUGAACCUCAGCCUGAUGUGAAGGAAGAAGAGGAGCAAGAGGAAGAGGAAGAGAAGGUUGAAGAAGCAGAGAAGAGUGGUCCAGAGGAGAAGGACGACUCGGAGGAGAGUCCUGUGAAGGAAGAAGAGGAGGCAGAAAAGGAUGACGAGCAAGAGGCAGUUGAUGAGAAGUCAGAGGAUGACAUUCUGCGAAGAUCUCCAAGGAACAGGAAAGUCAGAAGGGACUGAUUUCUGAAUCCAGUGACUUGACCGCCACACCCUUCCCCUUCAGUGUCCCUGCCCUCCUCUUCACUCUGAGAUGAUGAAGCUGAAAAUGGAUCCAUGGAAGCAGCGAAGCUGAUGCACGCCAUAUGAUGAUGAUUCCAGUAUAAAGGACUGAGUUAGUUUGAUUAAAAGGAGUUUAACUGAGAUUAACUAAAUCUUCCUGCAUCAUUCCUUAACAUCCGAGCAAACCACAAUACACGACAGCCACGCCUUCUGUCCUGUCAGCCGAGCUGCCGCUGCCACUUCCACACAAAAGCCCCACCCUCAUGGCAGCAUGUCAUGCACUGUACCAAGUGGUUAAGUCUCCUGACAGUCUGACCUUUAUCUGCCCUUUAUAACAAUUAAUAACAAUAAUUCUGUUUUUUUCUUUAUUUAUAUGAAACUUGCCAUGCAACCUUGAAACUGAGCGGAAAUGUUAUUUCAGUGUAAAUCUAUUUAUGAUCAAGUUAAAAAAUUUCAACCCAAAAUUCAGGAAGUUUUUACCUGUGCACCUUAGUUUAGACAAUUUAAUUCGUUUUAUGACAGGUAUAUAUUAACAAAGAACAUAGUAGUAAUACUAGUGUUUAAUUCCUUUUUUAAGCCCCUGGCUGCAAUAGCAACCAAUAGAAGAUCACAUCUUGUUGCCCAUAAGCAGGAUGCAAACUAACUAGGCUAACACCUGCAUUCAACAAGCCCAGGUUAAAGCUUUCUAUGUGUUGGCUUCUUAAUAACGUCAACUGAACACUGUACGUCAACAGUCAUUAACCUGAAGUAUCUGUGAGCCUCCAGCAAUAGCAUUCAAAGAAGCAACACUCCAGAAGACUGACGUAAUUGGUUUUUGUUCAUGAAAUCUCUGCAUUUUAACAUUUGACAUCCUGAUGGGGGCAGCUGAGAGUAGAGGUCCUCUGUUUUCAGAAUAAACCACCAUCUCUCAUGGGUCAUUGACCUAAUAACAUAAGGCUCCUGCUCUAUUAUUGUUGGGUCAUGACAUGUUACAAUCACAACCGGUGACCCCAGGACUACCUUAGUUCCUUGUGGAUCAUAACAUAAAUGUUGAUUAGAGAUUUUAGUUCACACAAGCUUGACUGUAAAUAUUAAUGCUACACUGAUACAAUGUGUCUGUCCUUGAGCCACCGAAGCAACAGACGGUCAAAACAACUUUUUGCUGUUCUUAACAAGUAAAUAUCUAAAAUAAUCCAUCUAGAUUUAGUAAAAUACUUUUCUGUUUGUUGUUUUGUUGGACUUGUCAGCAGAUGAACAGACUGUCCCUUUUAAUCAUAGACCCCAUAUAAAAAGAUUAAGGCACUAAAGGGGAAAAACUCAAGGCGCUUAACCGUCAUCUGCUGAGACAAACACUCAAUGAACUUGACAUAAUUUUUACAAAAUCUUCAAAAAACCUAUGACAUUCUAAAGACCUUUGACAAAUAUAUUUUAAAAAAAACUCGAGACAUCUGAUAAACACUGACAAAAUGCUUUACUACUGAUUUGUCUUUCAUUGUCAAUUCUCAACAUGACAUUUUUGUUACUUGCUUACCUAACCUUUGCUGCCCCUAUCAGGAUGUUUAACUUUUUUUUUCCUUCAAGUAGAGAUUUUGGGGAGAUUCAGGAUACUGAAUAUUUUGUUUUCUGUGUAGUAUACUAAUAAUGAGCUCACGGUGUCACAUGACUAGUGACUUAAGUGUUCAGGAAAGUUGGAAAUAAUGUUAUUAAAUUGGAUGAAUAAUAACCUUAACCUAGAAUACAGACUUUGUUGUUAAUUACCUUUGAGAUUUCAGUAAUAGUACUGGUCAGUUGAGAUGUGUUAGCCUGUUAGUGUUCUGCAGUUGCAUGCUAACCUCUUAGAGUAUACACUCCGGCUUGAAUUAACCACUCUGGUGUGAUGUAAUUUGAGGGGCCUGGAUUAUAACAUUAACAAAUCUAAAGCUGCAGAAUAAGUAUCAGACUGAAAACUGGUCAAUUAAGAUGUAAAACAUCUGAUAACAGAAUACAAACUGUCUGAGGUAUAAAUGGACACAAGUCUGAUCUUGUUACUAUUAUGUGUCUUGUUUUUGUGUCGUCAGGUUGUGUGCAGAGGCUUUACCUCAAGAGCUUGGGGUAAAAAAAAAUGUGAACUGCUGUGUGUUCUGAAGCAUUUGUGUUUCUGGUUUUUAUUUCUUCUUAAGGCUGUUGUUUAGGUGAAUGUGUGACCAUAUAACUUUUUUUAACCUUUUCCCCCAUUGCUGUCUUCAACACAAGUCUUUUUCCCCUCCUGUAUAUUUCUUGGGUUUUUUUUGGGGGGGAGGGGUCCUCCCCUCUUCACGUAGCAGUAACAGAGACGGCAACAGUGGCGUUAAAAUACCAUCAUCAGCGUCCAGUAUGUUUUAGCCACUCUUUCUCCUCCUUCCUCCUGUUGUAGUGUGAUGUUUCCUCUUAAGGCUGCCUGUAGCUUACAGACUGUAUAGAUUGAACACUGUAUCUGCCGGUGUGACUUUGUGUCUCUGUAACUUUAACUUUUUUAUUAUUUUUGUUAAGCUAAUCUUUCAGCGAGGUGUUUCUAAAGCUCUGCCUUGAACAGUUACACUGUUGAUGAUGACGAUGAUGAUGAUGAUGAUGAUGAAGAAGCCUGGUGUGAAUGUGGACAUUCAGUCAACAUUUGUUUUGAUGAAUAAAAAGGCCAAAUUGAAACUGAAAUAAAGAAA